CGUAAACGUGAAUUUCUAAGAAAUUGAAAGAGCGCCAUCUAUUGGCACUACUGCACAACUGUUUCAAUUCCAUAUAAAUUCGCGUUUACGUCAACGCGAUAGUAACAGUAUGAAAAUAUUGAAAACUCCCACUAGCCACACAGUACUAACACAUUUUAUCUUGUUUUUCAGAAUACAGUACUAACACAUUCUUGUUUUUCAGAAUACUACUUUGACACUUCAACGCGCGGGCGUCCAAUUAUCGUCUUGGAAGGCUUCAGAUUCAGCAAACACCGUGACUGCGGUGAGAAGAUACGCUGGCACUGCUCCAGUCACAACCGUCGAGGAUGCACAGCGGUCUUAUAUACCAUAGAGAACGAUAUUGUGAAAAUGAAAAACGUUCAUAAUCACACAGAACCUAUGUAUUGCAUGCCUCCACAGCGUGGAGCUGUAAUUAAAAAGACUAACUUAUUUUUUACUUAGAAGAGACUAUAGUCUGGCAAGUUCGUUGAUGACACUUCCAUGAUAUGCGGGCGACGGGCAGAAAGACUGCGCGGAUGUACGUGCAUCAGUCGUGGGUUUUUCAUCGCUACACUCCCCUCGCCCCGCGCGCAACAUCGGGAGCGUUACGAACGAAGUUGACAAGCUAUACUAGUCAGCGCGAUAUCAACUGAGUUGUAAAUAUAUCCGGGAAAUUAUGGUUUAGCGACUCAAUUGAUAACUCGUUAACCUAUGCAAUGUUGAUUUAUGUAUUGUCAAUUUUCAAAAAAUCAAUAAUUUUCGCAUUCACAUAGGCCCGUAUUAAGAGAUGUUACUCAAUUGAAUACGUACAUAAGUGUUUAGUUCCUACCAUAUAAAUAAACAUCACAAUUAUUUAUGAUCUCAAGUAAUUUGAACUUCGAGUUCGAUAUUGAGGAAUGUCUAUACAUACAGACUUCAGUGUGCCUAGUGGCAGUUUGAUACUGUGACGAUCGCGUAAACAUAAACGCGAAUUUCUAAGGAAUUGAAACAGCGCCAUCUAGUGGCACUACUGCGCAACUUUCAUUUCCAUAUAAAUUCGCGUUUACGUUUACGCGAUAGUCAUAGUAUGAAACUCCCACUAGGCACACAGAUCUUAAGCAAUAGUCUAAAAUAGUGUUCAUGUUUUUAAUUUGCGAGGUUAGAAUACGAUAAAAAUCUAUAAAUCAACAAUGUAAAUAAACUUUAACGCAAUAAGUUUAGAUAUAUAUUUUUUUAUGAACUGUACUGUAAAAUGGCACCAUGAUUGUUUUGAAUUAGUUAUAAGAUGUGUAAGGUAUUAAACUUGGUGUUUCUUUCACAGGGGGAGGACUGGCAAACGGCUCAUUCAUCGAGACACGUACAAAAGAGAAUUCCAGUAUUCUCGGUAGGCCCUCGAGGAGGUCGUAUUAUCCGGUUAAAUGGAUACAAGUUCCUAAUGCAGAGGAGUACGGGAUACAAGACGAGAUGGUGGUGUGGUACACACAGCAGUAGAGGUUGCAAGGCGGUCAUCUUCACCAUACAAGACGAGAUUGUCAAAUAUCGCCCAGCGUUCUUCACGUCGAAAAUCGGCGCACGGAUCAUGAAGCUGCGCGGCUAUUGGUACACACGGCACUCCGUCUGCUCCUCACGGGUCAAGUGGUUGUGCGCCGAGAGCCGCCACAAACAGUGCCACGCCAUAGUGGUCACCAUCGGCUGCAUGACCGUCGACAGACAGAACAAACACACGCACCCUCCACUUUUGAACGCGUCAAGACAAACUGAUGUAGAUUUCCUCCAGCUUUUAGAUAGUAAAGACCGUUUGAUGUCAUCCUAAGUUUAUUGUAGUUAUGGAAUAAAUUGUAAAUUAAGAAACAA